GAGCAGUGUCUUGGGCUCUGUGCAUCUCUUCGGGAGCGGCGCGGGAAGGAUGCUGGUCCGCAGGGGCGCGCCCGCGGGGCGCGGGAUGUCGCGGGGCUGGACCGCGCUCUGCUUCCUGAGUCUGCUGAGCUCUGGGUUCACAAAUGCAAACUUGACAUCUGCUACCACAAAGCCAUCUACCACAGGAACAGCAAGAAUGUCUUUACCUGUUCCUACAAAUACAACCAACCAGGAAACCACCACACCAAGUACUCGGAGAAGCACCAGCCUCUACACUGUCACUCAGGGCAGCAAUGGGACCACAGCAGCCAUCUCAGAGACUACAGUCAGUUUCACAUCUACCUCUGGGAUCACCUCAGUCACUGAAACCAUGAACUCUUCUGUCCAGUCACAGACCUCUUUAGCCACCACAGUGUCUUCUACCUUCAUCAGUUUUACAACUUCCGAGAUGACCUUGAAGCCCAGCACAUCAUCUGGAAAUAUUUCUGAUUCUCCGUACAACAGUACCAGCCCUGUGACAUCUUACACUCGCCCUUAUACCCCAUCUACUCCUACCCCAAGUAUCGUCAAGGGAGAAGUCAAGUGUUCCCAAAUCAAAGAAGUGAGAUUGACCCUAGGUAUCUGCCUGGAGCUAAAUAAGACCUCCAGUUGUGAGGAGUUUAAGAAGGACAAGGGAGAAAAGCUAAUGCAAAUCCUGUGUGGGAAGGAGCAGGCCGGGGCUGGGGCCGGGGUGUGCUCCACGCUGCUUGUCCAGUCUGAGGUGAAACCUCACUGCCUGCUGCUGGUCUUGGCCAACAGAACAGAACUUUCCAGCAAGCUCCAACUUCUGGAAAAGCACCAGUCUGACCUGAGUGAGCUGGGCAUCCAAGACUUCAGAGAGCAAGAUGUCAGGAGCCACCAGAGCUAUUCCCAAAGUACCUUGAUUGCACUGGUCACCUCGGGGAUUCUGCUGGCUGUCUUGGGCAUCACCGGCUAUUUCCUGAUGAACCGUCGAAGCUGGAGCCCUACAGGAGAAAGGCUGGGUGAAGACCCUUAUUACACGGAGAAUGGUGGAGGCCAGAGCUAUAGCUCGGGUCCUGAGGCCUCCCCUGAGGCUCAGGGAAAGGCCAGUGUGAAUCCAGGGGCUCAGGAGAACGGGACCGGCCAGGCCACCUCCAGAAACGGUCAUUCAGCGAGACAACACGUGGUGGCUGAUACUGAACUGUGACUCGGCCGGGCGGGGCGAAGCUGGGCAAGGCCUGCGGGAGGAGCCCCUCCCCGCGUCUGAGCAAGGGCUGCCGCGGUGCUGGAGGAGCCACCCCUUACCUGAGACCCCUUUCCCUCCACACACACCCUCGGGAAGCCGUCCCCGGGCCCCUGCACUGUGCCGCCUAGGGGAGAGGCAGGUCACAUCUGCCCUUUACACACUCAGCUCCCUGAAUCAGACUCUGGGCUACUUUGAAGAAAGAUGUGACGGGGAAAGUCAAGGUGCAGAGAUACUCCUCGGGUCCCUUCUCUCACCCUCCUCUCUGCCUCCUUACAGGCACUCCCAGGGGAAGCAUGGGCUUUUCUGGGCUACCAUUUCCUCCCAGGAGGGUUUGCCUUUUGCUGUUUCUGCCUUAUAUUUUCUUUCCCUACUGUAGGAAAACUAAAGCAGCCCGUUGCCCUUGCCCCUCUCUAAGGCACUGUGGAUUCGAUCACCAGAUUCCCUCUUGUUCUCCAAAUUCCCCAGACUUCCCCUGCCCCCUGCCUCUGUGGACAGAGAUGUGCAUAGCUUUCUGGCUGAGCUUGGAACUGGGCUCCAAGUUUUAGAACAAAGUCCUGUGUCUGUGUGUUUGGGGGACAGGGUGAGGGUGGGUGGACACACGUGUUCCCCCCAGAGCGGCAGAUGGGACAGGACCCACAGCUCCGUCCUGGUCUCGGAGGGGCCGCACGGACCCCUGUGGGUCAGAGCAGACAGGACCGUGGGGCCAGAUCUCUGAGCCACGCCUGUUGACCUACGCUCUUCAGAGGGAGCCUCUUGCUCCGAGGCUAGGUCCUGGCCUUAACCUCUGUCUCCAUGGCUUCCUCCCUCCUCUCCCUGACUCCUGGGUUGAGCUGUGGCCUCAGUCCCCCAGCAGACUCCUUACUGUCUCUGCCUCCCCCACCCUGACCCCUCUUACUUCUCUGCACCUCUGGGCCCCUGGACAUCUCCAGAGGACCCUCACCACAAGCUACUCUGUGAGCGACCCAGGUUCUCAUUUUUGUUUUUUUCUGGAGGGGUGAACAGGGAUCCUGGUUUCAAUGACGGCUGGAAAUAGAACUUUCCAGAGAUAGGAAGAUGGGUUGGGUUUUUUUUUUCUGAAUAAAAAGUAGCGUGUGUAAAUACUGUAAUUAAAGUGACAUAUUGGAA